CCUGUUUCCGUGGUAUCGGAAAUAUUCGAGCUAUCGAGUAUUACGUGGGUCAAGUUGCUGUACCCGCACAUGUCCGACCUCGGAAUGGUGCCCUUUAAUGUGGUGAUGGACAAGUUCCCGGUCGUGCAUCCGACCGCGACCAACGUAGCGAUGCACAUGAUCAUGU